AUGACUGCAAAAUCCCAAACUGAGAAGGAGCAUUUGGUUCAUCUUGAGAAAGUAUUCGCAUGGUUAAGGAAGUUCCGGCUGAGGUUAAAUCCAAAUAAGUGCACAUUUGGGGUAAGGUCUGGAAAGUUGCUAGGUUUUAUCGUGAGCCAACGAGGCAUUGAAGUCGAUCCUGACAAAGUUAAAGCGAUACAGAAUAUGCCAGCACCGAAAAAUGAGAAAGAGGUUCGUGGAUUCUUGGGGCGAUUGAACUACAUAGCUAGAUUCAUAUCUCACCUCACGACCACCUGUGAACCGAUAUUCAAAUUACUCCGUAAGGAUCAAGCAAUCGAGUGGAAUGACAAAUGCCAGAAUGAAUUCGAGAAGAUAAAAGAAUACUUACAAGAACCACCGAUCUUGAUGCCACCUGUUCCAGGCAGACCUCUUAUUAUGUACCUCACAGUGCUUGAUGGAUCGAUGGGGUGUGUUCUCGGACAACAUGAUGAGACGGGUAGAAAAGAGCAUGCGAUUUACUACCUGAGUAAAAAGUUCACAGAUUGUGAAAGCAGGUACUCAUUACUCGAGAAGACAUGUUGUGCAUUGGCUUGGGCCGGCAAACGCUUAAGGCAAUAUAUGAUGACACAUAUGACUCUCUUGAUAUCCAAAAUGGAUCCUAUCAAGUAUAUAUUUGACAAGCCUGCUUUCACAGGAAGAGUUGCUCGAUGGCAGAUGGCGUUAACAGAGUAUGACAUCCAAUACGUCACACAAAAAACCAUCAAAGGUAGUGUGUUGUCUGACUACCUGGCUCAUCAACCAGUGGAUGACUACCAGCCCAUGCGCUUUGACUUUUCGGACGAGGACAUCAUGUUUGUCAGAGAUUGGGGUGUUCUAGAACCAGAAAGGGGACCGGAACCAGGAUCGCGAUGGACGGUCGUGUUCGAUGGAGCCUCUAAUGCUCAAGGAAAUGGAAUAGGGGCAAUCAUCACCUCCCCAACUGGGUUUCAUAUCCCUUUCACUGCGAGACUAUGUAUUGACUGCACCAACAAUAUGGCAGAAUACGAAGCAUGUAUCUUUGGGUUGGAAGCAGCUAUUGACUUAAAGAUCAAGAUCUUAGAAGUUUAUGGAGAUUCCGCAUGGAUAAUCAGCCAAACCAGAGGAGAUUGGGAAGUUCGUGAUCCCAAGUUGAUCCCUUACAGAGAACAUGCCUUGAAGCUGAUACCGUAUUUCGAUGAAGUAACAUUCCAUCAUAUUCCCCGAGUGGAAAAUCAAUUGGUUGAUGCUCUGGCCACCCUGGCUUCCAUGUUUAAGGUCAAAUGGAAGAACGAAGCACCUUCUUUCCAACUUGAUUACUUGGACGAGCCAACAUACUGUUUAGCGGCUGAAGAGGAAUCAGACAGUCACCCCUGGUUCCACGACAUCAAAAAGUAUCUAGAGAAGCAAGAAUAUCCAGAAGAUGCAUCCAUUACAGACAAGAAGUACCUUCGAAAGCUCUCAGCUAAGUUCUUCUUAAGCGGGGAAGUGUUGUACAAGAUAAAUUACGAUUCGGUCCUGCUCAGAUGCGUGGACAGACACGAAGCAGACCGAAUCAUAAUGGAAAUACAUGAAGGAUCCUUCGGUACAUAUGCCAAUGGCCACACGAUGGUAAAAAAGAUCUUGAGGGCAGUACGUACUUCCACUGGGGCAACGCUGUUCUCGCUAGUGUACGGAAUGGAUGCAGUGCUACCUAUCGAGGUAGAGAUUCCUUCCUUGAGAAUAUUAACGGAUGUCAAGCUGGAUGAAGCCGAAUGGGUGCAAGCAAGUUUGGAUCAACUUAACCUCAUCGAUGAGAAACGCCUGGCGUCCAUAUGCCACAGACAGUUAUAUCAGAGGCGGUUGAAGAGAGCUUUUGAUAGAAAGGUUCGCCCCUGA